AUGGACAGUAGUCUUUAUCACACCACUCCCUCUGUCGCUGGUUUCCCCAAACCACCAUCUAAAGGUGAGAAGCCACCAAUAGAACACAAGCCACCCAAGGGAGAGAAGCCACCAAUAGAGCACAAGCCUCCCAUGGGUGAGAAGCCACCAAUGGAACACAAGCCAUCCAUGGGAGAGAAGCCACCAAUGGGUGAGAAGCCUCCAAUGGAGCACAAGCCUCCUAUGGGUGAGAAGCCACCAAUGGAGCACAAGCCACCCAUGGGUGAGAAGCUACCAAUGGAGCAUAAGCCACCCAUGGGUGAGAAGCCACCAAUGGGUGAGAAGCCUCCUAUGGGUGAGAAGCCACCAAUGGAGCACAAGCCACCCAUGGGUGAGAAACCACCAAUGGAACACAAGCCUCCCAUGGGUGAGAAGCCUCCAAUGGACCACAAGCCACCCAUGGGUGAGCAGCCACCAAUGGAACACAAGCUGCCUAAGGGAGAGAAGCCACCAACUCAUGGUCACUAUCCAGGCCACCCUCCAAUGAAGAGUGGUGAAGCAGAAGUCAAGCUACCCAAGAAGAUGAUGCCUCCAACUCCAUACAAGAAACCACCAACUCCUGAGAAGAAGCCUCCAAGUGUUCUUCACAAGCCUCCAUCACUUAUCAGCUCCAACUGAGUGACUUUGUUGGGC